UUUCACGCGAAGAAAAUUCACACAUUUAAAUUUUCAAUUUUUCAAAAACGAAAGAAAAAACUCAUUUUGAGUGAUAAAUAAUUAGAAUUAAUUAAGAAAUUGGAUUAUUUAACAUCAAUCAGGCAUUCAAGAGUUUUUUAAAGAGCAUUAGCAUCAAGGAAAUCUAUUUUUUUCGCUAAAAGAAUUAGGAAUAAAAAAUGGAGAAUCAUCGAACUAAUUUAUUUAAAAAUAAAGGAAAAGAUCAAGAUGAGAUGCGAAGAAGGAGAACUGAAGUUUCAAUUGAACUACGUAAAAACAAAAGAGAGGACACACUUCAAAAGCGUAGAAAUAUAUAUCAAUCAGAGACAUCCGACGAUGACUUAUUAUCAGUUCCAAAUUUAAAGAAAUUGGUAAUGUCUGCAGGCAAUGACGGAGAUCCAGAAGAUCAAUUACAAGCAGUUCAAACAGCUCGUCGACUUCUCUCAUCCGACCGCAAUCCACCUAUUGACGAAUUAAUAAAAAGUGGAAUCUUGCCAAUUCUUGUGCACUGCUUAAAACGCGACGAAAAUCAAAUGCUUCAAUUUGAAGCUGCUUGGGCGCUCACGAAUAUUGCAUCUGGAACGUCACAGCAAACUAAUCUAGUUGUCAACGCUGGAGCCGUUCCGUUAUUUAUAAAAUUAUUGAUGUCACCAGCAGCUAAUGUUUGUGAACAGGCAGUAUGGGCUCUUGGAAAUAUCAUUGGUGAUGGUCCUCAACUUCGUGAUUAUGUCAUUAAAUUGGGAGUUGUUCAGCCAUUACUCUCUUUUGUGAAGCCUGAUAUUCCAAUCUCUUUUCUUCGUAACGUCACAUGGGUUAUCGUAAAUUUGUGUAGAAACAAAGAUCCACCACCACCUAUCCAAACGAUAAAUCAGAUUCUUCCAGCACUUUGUCACCUCAUUCACAAUAAUGACACAAAUAUUCUCGUUGAUACCGUUUGGGCAUUAAGUUAUUUAACAGACGGAGGCAAUGAACAAAUUCAAUUGGUUAUUGAUAGUGGUGUCGUUCCACAUUUGAUUCCUCUAUUGUCGCACGUUGAAGUAAAGGUACAAACAGCUGCAUUACGUGCUGUAGGAAAUAUUGUCACUGGAUCAGAUGAGCAAACACAAGUAGUGCUUAAUUAUAAUGCACUUUCACAUUUCCCAGCUCUAUUAAGUCAUCAAAAGGAAAAGAUUCGUAAAGAAGCUGUAUGGUUCUUAUCAAAUAUUACUGCAGGCGUCCAAUCGCAAGUUCAAGCUGUCAUCGAUGCUGGCUUACUGCCUAAGAUUAUUGAAAAUUUGUCAAAAGGAGAAUUCCAGACACAAAAAGAGGCUGCUUGGGCCAUUAGUAAUUUGACAAUUAGUGGGAAUAAAGAGCAAGUUGCUGAAUUGAUAAAGGCAGGCGCGAUUCCACCAUUCUGUGAACUAUUAAGAUGUCACGAUACUCAAGUUAUUAAUGUCGUUUUGGAUGGAAUCAAUAACAUGCUGAAAAUGGCAGGUCCACAUGCAGAGCAAAUAGCCACAUUAAUAGAGGAAUGCGAUGGCUUAACAAAGAUCGAAGAUUUACAAAAUCAUGAAAACGUUGAGAUCUAUAAACUCGCAUAUGAUAUUAUUGAACAGUACUUUAGUGAUGAUGUUGCUGAUGACGACGGCGGAAUUCAGCCACAAGUCGACAACGGAAACUUUCAAUUUAAUCCAAGUCAAAAUCUUGAAUUUAAUUUUUAAACAACAACAAAAGCAGCAGCAGCAAAAACAAGAAGAAAGGAAAAUUUAACUGAAUGGCGAUUGAUUAUAAUUAAAUAGACACCUCCCGUAUAAUUUUUCUAUUCUGCUUAAAUCGCGAUGUAGAAAUUUUUCUUUUAUAUUUUUCGAAAAACAAGCAAAAAAGUUAUUUUACGUUCUUUUUAAAAUUGACUCUUAACGUUGAAAGAAUCUUUUCAAG